AUGAAACUAAUCGACCCGGUUGUUCGAAGUUUUAAAGUGGCUAAAGUGUUUCGAGAAAACACAGACAAAAUAAACAGUAUAGACUUUUCUCCUACUGGUGAAACAUUAAUAUCCUGCAGUGAAGAUGAUCAAAUUGUCAUAUACGAUUGUGAAAAAGGCACACAGUUGAUUACUGUAAACAGCAAAAAAUAUGGUGUAGAUUUAAUACAUUUCACACAUGCCAAGAAUACUGCCAUACACAGCUCAACUAAGGUUGAUGAUACUAUAAGGUAUUUGUCACUUCACGACAACAAGUAUAUAAGAUACUUUCCUGGCCACACCAAAAAAGUUGUCACUCUUUGUUUGUCACCAGUUGAAGAUGUAUUUCUAUCUGGAUCAUUAGACAAAACUUUGCGCUUGUGGGAUCUUCGGUCUCCUAAUUGCCAAGGUUUAAUGCAUUUGUCAGGAAGACCUGUAGCAGCUUAUGACCCUGAAGGCCUCAUAUUUGCUGCAGGAGUUAAUUCAGAAAGUAUUAAGCUAUAUGAUUUGAGAUCAUUUGAUAAAGGCCCUUUUGUUACAUUCAAGUUGAAUCAAGAAAAAGAAUGUGAUUGGACUGGAUUAAAAUUUUCACGAGAUGGUAAAACUAUAUUGGUUAGUACAAAUGGAUCUAUUAUUCGCCUUGUUGAUGCUUAUCAUGGCACACCUUUACAGACCUUUACAGGUCACCUUAAUAAUAAAGGAAUACCUAUAGAAGCAUCAUUUAGUCCAGACUCACAGUAUAUCUUCAGUGGCUCAACUGAUGGAAGAGUUCAUGUUUGGAAUGCUGACACAGGAUAUAAAGUGUGUGUUUUGAAUGGUGAUCAUCCUGCUCCAAUACAAUGUGUACAAUUUAACCCUAAGUUUAUGAUGCUUGCUUCCGCCUGCACCAAUAUGGCAUUUUGGUUACCUACAUUAGAUGAAGUUUAA